UUCCGUUGGUUGCCUGGUACGCGUAAACAAAAGGUGUUCGGUUCCGAUUUUCCUUGAGACCUAUUCUUUGCAGCCAAAACAUCUUACCGAAAACAGCAGAUACUGUUGAUUCAAAGUGUGCAGGUAAAGGAAGAAGAAGUUGAAUACCACAUCUUUCUAGUGCAAGUUGCAUGACUUCUGUAAGGAGUUAAUUUGCAUCCACCUGGGAGCAGCAGAAAGUAAUAUAUAUAUGGCUACCGGACACAUUUUACCUGGAUACGGAGAUCCCGUGUCUAAGCUUCGCCGCGUCCGAUCAGCUGGCUACCCGCUUGACAGAAAAACUCUUGUGGGUAUUCAGCAGUCAACAAAGGUGCCACCAGAGGAAUUAGAAUCUAUAAGAAACAAUGCCCGCAGGCUGUGGUGUUACCCUCAGCUGCAAGAGACCAGUUAUGGCCAGCAUUUCGCCGAGCGCCCAGCAGAUGAGAUGAUGCAGCUGAGACCCACUUCAUCUACCCGAAGGAACAAACCCCAUCCCUCUCUUGUAUUCUUGACUACUCGGCUACACUACAUUCAAGGUUAUCACAACCCUGACACCACUGUAGGGAAGGAAUUGUAUCAAGUGGAUGCCAGUGUACCAGCAGAGCAACAAGUCCAAAGGCAGGCAGCUCGCAGAAAGUAUACAAGUUGUCCUAACAAUGCUUCACUCAAUCAGUACAGCUACAAGGACCCACAUGGCUUAAAACAGCUGCUAGAUGGAAGGGCUGCUCAGGCAGCAGAAGCAUGGCAAAAACUGGCUGAUGAUGCAGAUCAAGAAAAUGUUUUGCAAUUUCUUCAAAGAGAAAGAGAAAAGGAGUCCUUUGGUCAACAGAGUUUAGAGCAACUACAGGAUUUUCACCCAAGACCAAAAACAGCUUACCCAUCCACACAGCGCUGGAUGCAGUAUGCAGGUGCUCAAGAGGCUGAUGUAAUUGCAUGUAUCAUGCAUAAGCUAGCAUCUGAUCCAGACAAGCAAGGUGGCUUCAGGAAGCAAAGCCACUCUGUUCCUGUACAGACCCUUAUUUCUAUGCGCAGAAAUGAUAUUUUAUCUGCCAGUAAAAUUCAUCAUCAGUCCAAGCCUAGCAGGGGAGACUUUUUGAUUCAUCCAGAUUGGCCAUCUACACUCCCUCAUCACAAAGUAACCUUGAGAUAACGUUGAAACAUUUCCAGUACAGUGCAUCAUAUCUGUCUCACAAUGUUUGAUAUUUUUCACAUUUGUAAACAACAGAAUGAAAACAGAAGCAGAUGGCAGAUUUGCUUGUGCUUUAAGCCUUGUUUCAAAUGGCACAUCAAGCUGAUUUUACAAAUCAAAUAGGUUAUUUAUUAAUGCUGAAUUACAGAUUCUUAUUUUAAAUGGUUAAUCAUAUGGCUGAUUCAUGCUCUAUUUCAAAUCGUGUAACAUCAAUCAAUAGCUAGUCCACAAAAUGUUUUGCAAUGCUAGAACUUUAUUAUUGAUAAUCACUAGCUUAUACUUCACUACUACAUUUAUAUGUAGUGAACAUCAACAGUGAUUCAUGUCAGCGUUAUAUUCUUUGAGACUCAACUAUCCUGAAUUGUUCAUGUGAGUUAUUAUUAUGAUGAUAGGCCUUAGAAUAAUGAUUUCAGAAAGAAAAUUGUUUUUGACAUGCAUUUUUCUUGAUUCAGAUCUGAGUAAAAAUUCAUACGUCAUAAAUUUUCCUGAAUACCAGA